AUGCACACGAGAUCUCAGGGUACACCGCCUUUCGGAUUACUCUGUUAUCAAAGAAGGAAAGGGUCAGGAAGUUCAGCCGGGUUUGAAAUUCAACAGGAUUCGCCGAGUCCAAUCAGAGAUAACCCAUUGUUUGAGAAUAGUGACAGUGAUCUGGAAGCUGAGUCGAUGGCCGACAAUAAUAACAACAACGCUGUCCCACCACCCGUUGUGAGGUUUGGCGACACUCUUAGAUCGGGAAUUGAGUACCCCGGAGAGUUUGCUUAUGCGAACAACAACAUCAACAUUCCACCUCACUAUAUUAGUUUGGUGAAUGGGGGGAAUCUUUUCCAUGGACGGGAUGAUGAGGACCCGGUGAGCCACCUCAAUGCCUUCUACGAGUUGACGAACUCUCACAGACCCCCGAAUGUGGACCAUCAUCAGAUUAAGAGGGCCUUAUUCCCUUUCUCACUGAGGGAUAAAGCACGGGCGUGGUAUGAUUCUAUUCCGGGAUACAACAUAGCCACAUUCCAAGAGUUGAAGAUGUUGUUCCUCUUGGAAUAUAACUCUCCGAUGAAGAUCGAGAAGUUAAGAGAGGAGAUCACUACCUUCCGACAGAAAUAUGAUGAGUCUUUUGCGGAAGCGUGGAAGAGGUUCACUGAAUUGCUUAGGAAAUGCCCGAGCCAUGGUCUUGCUCCAGGGCAUGAGCUACUCAAGUUCUACAAGGGACUCAACAGUGAAGGCACGGGGUUGGUGACUGCAGGCUCGAAUGGAAAUCUGGACGACUUAACUCACGAUGAAGUGAGAGCUCUGUUCCAAAGGUUGGCAAACAACCAAAGGAAUUGGCAUAAUCCGAGAAGAGCGGCAGAUAAGAUGGGAGACACGUUCGGUGCUACCAAGGAGACGGAGAAAAUCACUGCAAUUGAGGCUCAGUUGGCGGAGAUAAGCACUCAGAUGUGCACGAUGACGAAGGCGAUAAAAUCCUUCCAACUGACUCCUCAACCCAUGGCUGUUUUGAAGUGUGGGUUGUGCCAAGGCGGACAUCACAUGGAUCAAUGUCCGAAUCUUGAAGGUCAGCCAAUAGAGGAUGUGAACUAUAUUGGUAACAAUCAGCAAGGGUUCAACCAAGGAAACCAGUACGGUAAUCAGCAGAACUGGAGGCCUCAACAAGUGAACUGGAAUCAGUCCGGUACUAGCAACCCUUCGGGUUCACAAUGGCGUACCAAUACUCCACCUCCGGGUUUUGAGAAGAAGCCUUCUAUGGAUGAACAACUGGGACAAAUCCUAUCUCUUAUGACUAAGACUCAAAAGGAGAAUGACUACUUCAAAGAAAAGACCGUGGAAAAGUUUGGGCAGUUAGAAGCUACAAUGAGGAAUCUUGAGACUCAAAUUGGGCAGAUUGCUACAGCAUCUCACACAAGAAUUCCUAAUGUUAUCCCGAGUGAUACAGUGCCCAAUCCUAAAGGUGUUGAACAGUGCAAGGCAGUUAAGUUAAGAAGUGGAAAGGAUCUUGAGUCUCCAAUCAUGCUAGAUGCACAAAAUGGCUCGAACAUCUUGCACGCAGGGGCGGACGAGAGGAUUGAGUGGGCUACUACCGAAGCUAGGGAAGGUCAACAAGAAAAAGAAGAGUCAACCAUGAGUGAUAUCCACAAGAAGAAUCCACUAAGUCCGACAAUGGACCCGAAGUGUCCAUUUAAUUUUCCAGAUUUUAUCCCGCCACCACCUUUCCCAGUCGAGAAUAAGAAGAAGGGUAGGAAAAUAAUUCAAGAGAAAGGACUCGAUUGGAUGAUGAACAUUAUCAGGAAAGUUAAUGUAGAUGUGUCCCUGGUGGAUUUGUUCCUACACUUUCCUAAAUUCUCCAAGUUUUUUAAAGAUCUUAUUGCGAAAAAGGAGAAGAUACAAGACGAUGGCGUGGUGAUAUUGAGCGCAUUUUGCUCACAAUUUGUGAAGGGAAAGAUGCCGGCAAAGAGAAGAGACCCGGGAAGCUGUGUGAUCCCAUGUGAGAUGGGAGAUAAAAAGUUCCCAAAGUGCCUACUUGAUCAAGGCUCGGGAAUAUCAUUGAUGGCUCUGAAAACCGCACGGUCAAUCGGUCUAGAAGCGAGGAUUGAACCAAUCGACAUUGACCUACAAUUGGCGGAUCAUUCAAUUGUGAAACCGAAAGGUAUCAUCGAGGAUGUCUUGGUGAAGGUUGAUAGAUUUGUACUCCCGGUUGACUUCAUUGUCCUAGAGAUGGAAGAGGACAAGGAUAUGCCUAUCCUCUUUGGUAGGCCAUUUUUAGCAACCGGUGAUGUUGUGAUAGAGACCAAGACAAAUACGGUCAUGUUUCGAGUAGAUGGAGAGAAUGUGGUGAUCAAGCAAGAGAAGGCGGGGAAGCGCCUAUUGGAGCCUGGAUAG